CAGUCCUAUGGAAACCAUAGAGCUCAGGUAUAAGUAGGACGGAGGUGACCGGACGGGGGACAAUCUGCACCUGGCUACAGAGCACAGACCUGCUCCCAUGGACGAACCGAAAUCCAUGCGUAGCGAGCCCAUGGCGCUGGACAUGGAGAACCGGGACCCCAAUAACAUGAACGAGCAUGUCAGAGUCCUCUUUGAAGAUGCCUUUGGGGAGCCUGAGGGGUCUUACAGCAUCCCAGGGGUUUGGGGCAUGUCCUACAAGACCUUUGGUGGGGUGAAGAACUGCUGCUAUAUGGUCCUGUCCAUCCUGUGUGGUUGUCCGCUGAGCUUCUGCUGGGCCUUGGAAUUUGCCUGCAAUCAGUGCUGCCUUAUCUGGUGCAUCGGGCCCUGCGUCCACAUGUGGAAGAUGAACCUCUCCUGCGUGAAGAUGUUCUGGAGCUCCUGCGUCCACUGCCUGUGUGACCCGUGCUACGAAGCCUGCGGCCUGUGUUUCAGCUUCAUCCGUGUACAGAACAAAAACGGAUAAGGCACAGUCAUAGUUUCCCACUGCACCCCGGGCUGAUUCUCCGUCACCGACCCCCGUGGUGUCCCCUCCGUAUAACUCCAGCACAACUGUAAAUAUAUCCCCCUUCUGUACAAUACAGUGUACCCGUCAGCCACACAGAUAGAGGACGCAUCUGGCGGAGGCAGCUGUCCUGCGCGCUGAUCCAGCACCCCCGAGACUACGGCCCAGCGGUCCUCUAGGGACCAGCGCAGAACAUCAGCUGUCAGGCCGCGUUCCCAGGAAUACUGUUUCAGUCCACAAACUGACAGCCGCCACUACAGGCGACGGAUAGACCGUAAUGGCGACCGGAAGCCGCAUGCCCCCGGCUACCGGCCAAUCACACUUCCUAUACACUUGUGUAUUUGUGCCAAAGUCUCACGUAUGAUUUGUGUAUAUACAGAGAUUACAUAAA